AUGAGAUCUCUUUGUGUAGAUCUCUUUGUAGCAAAGUGGGUGUCCGGUAGGAGUGAUUAAAGGGGCCCAGUGAACAUAUAUUUGGGCCUGUUCAGCUUUAAGGUGUACAAGAUGAUGUCCCUUGUGAAUAAGUUUCUGGACUGGGUAAAAAGUUUGUUUUGGAAGGAAGAAAUGGAACUCACGUUGGUGGGGCUGCAGCAUUCUGGCAAAACGACCUUCGUGAAUGUUAUUGCAUCCGGCCAGUUCAAUGAAGACAUGAUCCCAACAGUGGGGUUCAAUAUGCGCAAGAUCUCGAAGGGCAACGUGACAAUCAAGCUGUGGGACAUCGGCGGACAGCCGCGCUUCCGGUCGAUGUGGGAGCGCUACUGCCGAGGCGUGAACGCCAUCGUCUACAUGGUGGAUGCCGCUGAUCUGGACAAGCUGGAGGCCUCCAGGAACGAGCUGCACAACCUGCUGGACAAGCCGCAGCUGGCCGGCCUGCCCGUGCUGGUGCUGGGCAACAAGCGUGACCUGCCAAACGCGCUGGACGAGAAGGGCCUCAUCGAACGCAUGAACCUAUCGGCAGUCCAAGACCGGGAGAUAUGCUGUUACUCCAUCUCCUGCAAGGAGAAAGACAACAUAGACAUCACGCUGCAGUGGCUGAUUGCCAAGUCAAAGUCGGGCGGCCGUUAGAUUCGGCCUCCGCGGCGCGUGUGCGGCCUCGGCUGACGCUGUCGCUGCAGCUCGGCAGCUCGACCGACGCUGUCGCUGCAGCUCGGUAGCCCGGCCGACGCUGUCGCUGCGGCUCGG